AUGGAUUGGAGACAGAAAGUGACCGGCCUCAAAGCCAGACUAUCUUGUCGUUCCACACCUGCUGUGGACAGGGUGGACGAAUCACGCAAGAGAGACGCGCAGCAAAGUACACCAUCCACUGCCACAUCGACAACCAAAAAACGUCAUUUUCAAUCUGCAAAUCAUCGGCCGACCGACUGUCGCAUGGCGUCAAAUUCUCCGAAUCCAACAACUCCCCAUCAAUUCCACACUCGCUCGCCACCUCCUACCAUUCGCCCCUAUAGAUCAAAACGACACCCCCCAUGUGACGGAUGCCGACGGAGAAAAGUACGCUGCGAAGCCGAUCACCAUGGCAGCUGUCAGCGCUGUUUAGCUGCGGGUCAGUAUUGUUCCUUUACUCGUCUUCGCCCUCGCCCUCGGCCUCACUCUCGUCAGGGCACUGUGCCGCCGAAACCACCUUCACCAGAAACCCGACCGGUCGCAACAAGCAACUUGCAAGCGACCGAGGAUCUGGUGGUGGACCAAGAAGAUCCCCCAGUUGCGCAUCAAGCAGUCGAUAUCCCUUUCUUCGAGCUAGACACGGUGAGAAUCUCUGCAGAUCCAGGCGGCACACGCCCGCACACGCCUUCUGCCUUCAAAGAAAGACACACGCAUCAGACCAUCCAGACACUUGAUGGUUUGGCUGGUGUAUCCUACCAGGUCAAUGGCGCGUCAGCCGAAUCUGACCCAUGGCUUCUCAGACACUGCAAAUUCAACGACAGAGGCUUCCUCUCCUUCCACCAAGUGCACUUCCGGAACGCAGGGGGCGUUCCGUUUGACGAGAAAAUUCCCUGCCAUUUUUUGGUCUCGUCGGAUCAGCUCUAUGAGUCUUCCAAGGCUCAGCUGCUUCCGCCAGACCCACUGAACACACAUGAGCAAUUAAACCACAUUGUCCCCCCCGAAUGUGGCCAGAGAUUGGUAGUGCUCUUUAUGAAAUUUAUUUUUCCCACGCUGCCAAUUAUUUCGCGGUCACAUUUUGGGCUUGCAGCAGCAGGCACGGUGCCCGACCAGAGUAUCCUUCAAAGGACACCAUUGUGUCUUUUGGCUGCAAUCUACGCAUCCGCACAGCCAUUCGCCAAGUUUGAUAACUAUCUCUGCUUGAUCGAUGCGUACGCUCCUCCCCCGACUGAUCUGCUCUGGCGCAUGGUUCUUGACCUUCUGCUACGGGACAUCCACACUGCCCGUCUUUCGACCCUUCAAGCAGGAAUUCUCUACCUUCACCGACCGAUCAGCGCCACCGAAAGUGCUGUGGCUGAUAGUGCCUUCACCUGGUCCUUGGUGGGCAUGCUUGUCGGCGUUGCCAUGUCGCUUGGGCUUCAGUUGGAUUGCCGGCUCAUGGGACUUCCAUUAUGGGAAAAGAGGAUUCGUCGUCGCCUCUGGUGGGCCAUCUACGCCGAAGAUAAGUGGCGUUGCUUGCUUAUUGGGCGUCCGUCUUACAUAGGAAGCGACAAUUGGGACGCCACAGACCUGAGCGAUGAUGAUUUCGUGAUGUCCGAGUGUCUGCGCCUGGCCCUGCAGGAACCUCCGUCCUCAUCACACUCUUCACACGACGUUCUCACUGCUCAACCAUUCCAGCAACUCAUUCAUAGCGUCUCCCUAAUGUUUAAUCAUGCCAUACUGACCAACCCCUGGCCCCAUAGCACACUAAAGGCGUCGCAGCGAUUAUCGCUGGAUUUUCAUGCAACGCUGGAAAUUGCCCGUCCCCUUUUACAGAAGCUCAAGGAGUGGUACGCGCACUCCCCAGUAUCGUCAAACUGCCUCCGUUUUGCCUGCAUCCUUCUGGAGGUAUUUGUGUUCCGCGCCCUCCUGCGGCCAAUGGUUCGCUCUGCCGCGCCGCCUCCGUUGCUCGAGGAGAACUUCGAGACAACAGAAUUUACGAACCAAUUCACCGACCUCCUGGCUCAGUUGUUCGACGCCGAAGAGAUCGAGCCGUCCAUGGCCAUUGACAUGUCCGAUGAGAAUGGCAUGGGAAAUGCGGUGCUCCGCGCAGCCGAUAAUUGCGCGGCCAAAGUAAUUCGUCUGGUGAUGCGUAUGACUACCAGUGACUUGUCGAGCUUCUGGUAUAGAUGGUCUCGUGUCGGAUUUGCAACCGUCUCUAAUUUCCUACUGCUACUGCUUGUACAAGCGCCCACGAAAGACCACGCUCUCCGUGCCAAAAGCCUUGUGGACCUUUGGCGUCAAACCUUACGGAACCAGAGCACAGGGUGUCCGGCCAUGAAUCUUGGGUUAGUCAGAUUAGAUGGGUCUCUUUGGCCUGGCCUGGCGAGAAACUAUUACCUCCCAAAGCAAGUAAAAGAAGUCCUGGAAGAAUAGGAAGGAGUUCUGUGGAGGAUGGUGCGUGUCUUGAAGAAGGAUUGAGGGGGCAAACUUACGAGAUCAGGCCCCACAAAGCGCCCCCAGUGCGUCUAUUGACUUUCACGAUGACCGGAAGAUAGAGAUUGAUAUACU